AGGAACAGUGUGCGUGCCUUGAAGUGUAUGCGCAGAGAGUCGUGCUGAACAAGACAUCGUCCAAACUUUUCUUUAUUUUUGUUUAAAACCGCAUUGACAACAUGUCUAAACCUCUCACUGACCAGGAAAAGCGCAAACAGAUCAGUGUCCGUGGCAUAGCUGAGCUCGGGGAUGUUGCCGAAAUCAAAAAGAGUUUCAACAGGCAUCUUCACUUUACCCUCGUAAAGGACCGUAAUGUGGCCACUCCACGCGACUAUUUCUUCGCGCUAGCUCACACGGUGCGGGAUCACGUGGUGGGCCGCUGGAUCCGCACUCAGCAGUAUUAUUAUGAAAAGGACCCGAAGCGCGUCCACUAUCUGUCUCUGGAGUUCUAUAUGGGAAGAACUCUACAGAACACUAUGAUUAAUCUCGGGCUGCAGAACGCAUGUGAUGAGGCCAUCUACCAGCUUGGACUGGAUUUGGAAGAACUAGAGGAGAUUGAAGAAGAUGCUGGACUGGGAAACGGAGGUCUUGGGCGCCUAGCAGCUUGUUUUUUGGACUCUCUGGCAUCUUUGGGUUUGGCAGCAUAUGGUUAUGGCAUUCGUUACGAGUUUGGCAUCUUCAAUCAGAAGAUCUUCAAUGGCUGGCAGGUUGAGGAAGCUGAUGAUUGGCUUCGCUAUGGUAACCCAUGGGAGAAGGCCCGUCCAGAAUACAUGCUACCUGUGCAUUUCUAUGGCCGAGUGGAGGAAACUCACGAAGGACCAAAGUGGGUUGACACCCAGGUGGUGCUUGCUAUGCCUUACGACACUCCUGUGCCUGGUUAUAAAAAUAACACUGUAAACACUAUGAGACUGUGGUCUGCCAAAGCACCUAAUGAUUUCAACCUGAAAGAAUUUAAUGUGGGUGAUUAUAUCCAGGCUGUUCUGGACCGAAACCUUGCAGAAAACAUCUCACGGGUGCUCUAUCCCAAUGACAAUUUUUUUGAAGGCAAAGAGCUCCGAUUAAAGCAGGAGUACUUUGUGGUGGCUGCGACUCUUCAGGAUAUUAUCAGACGCUUUAAAUCAUCAAAGUUUGGGUGCAGGGAUCCCGUGCGGACCUCUUUUGGGACAUUCCCUGACAAGGUGGCGAUCCAGCUAAAUGACACUCAUCCAGCGCUGGCGAUUCCUGAGCUCAUGAGAAUCCUGGUGGAUAUUGAACAUCUGGACUGGGAGAAGGCAUGGGAGAUUACCAAAAAGACAUGUGCGUACACAAACCACACAGUGUUACCUGAGGCUCUUGAGCGCUGGCCUGUUUACAUGUUUGAGAAGCUUCUACCACGUCACCUGCAGAUCAUCUAUGAGAUCAACCGACAACAUUUGGAAAGAAUUUCUGCGCUGUAUCCAGGCGAUGUUGAUCGUUUGCGCAGGAUGUCUCUGAUCGAGGAAGGUGAUCCAAAGAGGAUCAACAUGGCUCAUCUGUGCGUGGUGGGUUCACACGCCGUCAACGGUGUUGCACGGAUUCACUCCGAGAUCGUCAAAACCACUGUGUUUAAGGACUUCUGUGACAUCGAGCCAGAGAAGUUUCAGAACAAGACAAAUGGCAUCACACCUCGCCGUUGGCUGGUGCUCUGUAACCCCGGCCUUGCUGACAUCAUCGCUGAGAAAAUUGGCGAGGAGUUUUUGACAGAUCUGUUCCAACUGAAAAAGCUGUUGAAAUUCAUUAAUGAUGAAGUGUUCAUUCGGGAUGUGGCCAAAGUUAAACAGGAGAAUAAGCAGAAAUUUGCAGCAUACCUAGAGAAGGAGUACAAAGUGAAGAUAAAUCCAGAGUCCAUAUUUGAUGUCCAUGUCAAAAGAAUUCAUGAGUACAAGAGACAACUGCUCAACUGCCUUCAUGUCAUCACUUUAUAUAACCGAAUCAAGAGGGAACCAAACAAGAGGUUUGUUCCCAGGACAGUAAUGAUUGGUGGAAAGGCAGCACCAGGUUAUCACAUGGCAAAGAUGAUCAUCAAACUGAUCACAUCAGUAGGGGAGGUUAUAAAUAAUGAUCCCGUCGUGGGAGACAGACUUAAAGUGAUUUACCUGGAAAACUACAGGGUCUCACUGGCGGAGAAGGUCAUCCCCGCUGCUGACCUCUCCGAGCAGAUCUCCACGGCAGGUACAGAAGCUUCCGGUACAGGAAACAUGAAGUUCAUGCUGAACGGCGCUCUGACCAUCGGCACCAUGGACGGAGCCAACGUGGAGAUGGCAGAAGAGGCAGGAGAGGAAAACCUCUUUAUCUUUGGCAUGAGGGUGGAGGAUGUGGAGGCCAUGGACAAAAAAGGAUACAACGCCAGAGAAUAUUAUGAGCGCCUGCCCGAGCUUAAACAGGUGAUGGAUCAAAUUAGGACAGGAUUUUUCAGUCCCAACGAGCCUGAACUCUUCAAAGAAGUUGUGAACAUGCUCAUGGAACAUGAUAGGUUCAAAGUGUUUGCAGAUUAUGAGGCUUACAUCAGCUCUCAGGAAAAAGUUAAUGAACUUUACAAGAAUCCAAAGGAAUGGACCAAAGUGGUCAUCAAGAACAUUGCCGCUUCUGGAAAGUUCUCCAGUGACCGCACCAUAGCGGAGUACGCCCGCGAAAUCUGGGGGGUGGAGCCAUCUGAUGUGAAGAUCCCGCCACCCAAUGUACCUCGUGAAUGAGGAAGUCAUGAACCUCAGUGGUUUGAUGAUGUCUUUCUGAAUCUCAGCAAGUGCCUUGACUGGUGUUACCCGCUGAACAGAUUCAGGUUUCUCUCACUAUGCAUAAAUACUGUACAGGUGGAACCUCCUUAAAAUGCAUAAAAACGUAACUCCAUGCGCUUUUACAUUGUAGGCAUGUUUGCAGUCACUAUAAGGAUACUGUUAUAUUCACGCGCACAUGCUGUAUUUGGUUUUAUAUAGGUUUGCAUUAAUCCAGCUUUAAUUUGUGGGAAUCAAGGCUAAUUCAGGGACCAUUCGUUUUUUUAUGGGCCCAUCUUCAGUAAAAUGAGCAGAUGGCUUCUAUUUGUUCUUCCUUUAUUUUUGUGCACUUCACAUGCUGUUUUUCAAUUAGAAAUACUCACUGCUCACAAUAGAAAUCACACUUUAGUAUAUUUCAAAACCUGUUAGACAGGACUAGAGUUGCAGAUCAGUCUUUACUAUGCAUUUUAUUGUGGCAUCAAACCGUUGGGAACAUCUGGGAUUUAAAUAUGUUGUGGCUUGGUGGUUGUAUUCAGUCUCAAAAAGUGCAAAUGCAAACUGCAUUAAUGUUAUAGCCUUACAGUAUCUAAGUAGGCCUAUGCUUUUAUUUAAGCUCUUCAGUACAAGUUAAAGGUGCCUGUGUGUGUUACUGUGCAAAAUUAAAAACAAGUAAAGAAUAUGUACAGACAAUGUUAACAUGAUACACGGCAGCUGAUUGAUGUAAACUUCCAGGAAUCCAUGUAUAUCCAUUUAUAUCCUUUAAAUGGUUUCUUUGUUAAUGUCAACUUCUAUUCUGUUUUGCAUAGCAUCAGGAAAUGUUAAGGUGUUUGUGCUUAUGUCUCUGUGAAUGCACGUAACUUAGAUUUACAGUGGUUUGAACUUUGAUCAUUGCACACCCUGAAUACAGAUCAGAUCAGCUCGCUAUUUACUGGAAUUUAGAUUUCAAACUCUCUUGAAUGUAUGCAUAAUAUGGAUAUUGCCUUAAAACCAUACUCGCUCAUUGUACGUAGGCCUUAUCUUCUCGCUAGAUUUUAUAAGUAGUUUAUGGGAUUUACAUUGUUAGUACCAUGUUAACAAACAAUAAAAAUGCUGAAUUAAUGUUUUGCAUUCAUAGAAAGGUAAAGUAAUAUUAUUUCACAGAUGUGUUAUCUGAGCAGAGGUCUCACAGCAUUGUAAUGAUGAAUGUGUUAAACAGUUUCUGUGUAUGGUAGUGAUUAAAGGGUUAAAGCCACAACCUGAAACAAAUUAAAUCAAUAAAGAGGGAGACCUCCGCCUUAAACUGCUUUAACUAGAAGGGGUUUGUUGGUCAUAAUCUGAAGGAAAAGCAAAUAAUGCUCGGCUAACAGCAUUUGUGUGAACUAUGAGUGACCCUGUCUGUGAAAUCCAGGCUAAAGUCUAAAUUCCCGGCUAAAUUGUGAGAUUAGGGGCUUUAGUUUCAAUUAUUAUUUUCACUUCAAUUUCAAUCUUUAAUGUGAACUUAAGUCAAUAAUAAAGAUAUUAAGGUUGUAUUUUCACAGAAUUUUCUUUACAUUUACAUAGGAUGAUUUUAUGAAGAAAACAAUAAAUCACACACACAAAAAAAAGAGAUAAAAAACCAAUGCUUUUCAUUUUUUAGUAGGCUUACUUUAUUGUUUAAAAACAUAGCCUACUGUACUACAUCUGUGCAUGUGUCCAGUAAGUUUUAGCAGCUUACAGGAAAACAAACAUUGUAAACCACUCAUGAUAUAAUUUGAAAAAGUAAAAGUUGCUGCUUAAAUAACCAGGAUGUAUUUCAUUCAAAAAAAUCUAUAUAAUUGUAAAAUAUAACAAAUGUUCAAUUCAAAUAUAUGCUUAAUUUGGUCAACAUCAACAAAGAGGGCAGAAUAUAAUCUACAGAACAGUAACAUCCAAAUAUACUGUGGUCCCAAUAUAAUUUUUUUUUACAUUCUAGUACAAUAAAAUAUAGCAGUGUGUGCGAUCAUUUUUAAUAGUUUUUGGUCUUAAAUAUGGUUGUAUUAUGUUGGAUUAUUGCGCUCCUCUGGAAAACUUCUGUAUAGUCCUUCAAAAAUGUGUUUAUCUCCAGUGUAUCAGUCCAUUCUGAGCCCCCCCCCCC